AUGGAAGGAGGGUGGCCUGCAAGGAGUGUCCUCCUCUGCCUCACUAUCAGCCUUCUGCUUCCAGGAAGAGGCAACACUUUCACCAUCGAUUGCUCAGGCUUUGACCUGCAUGGGGUGGACCCUCCUGCCUUCCAAGCAGUGUUUGACAGAAAGCCCUUCCGUCCAAUCAUCAAGUACAGUGUCCCCACUCAUGUCAACGUCUCCUUCACCUUGUCUGUCAUCCUGGAAGCAGAUGCACAGCUCCAGCUGCUGACAUCAUUCCUGUGGAUGAAUUUGAUAUGGGACAAUCCUUUCAUCAGCUGGAACCCAGAAAAAUGUGUUGGCCUCAAUAAACUCACGAUAGUAGCUGAAAAGCUGUGGCUCCCAGACAUCUUCAUCGUGGAAUCCAUGGAUGUGGAUGAGAUGCCUUCAGGUCUCAUUGCCUAUGUCAGCAGUGAAGGUCGAAUAAAGUACGAUAAGCCAAUGAGGGUGACCAACAUCUGUAACCUGGACAUCUUCUACUUCCCUUUUGACCAACAGAACUGUACCUUCACCUUCACUUCUUUCCUCUACACAGUGGAUAGCAUGCUCCUGGGCAUGGACAAGGAAGUGUGGGAGAUAACAGAUAUGUCUCGUGAUGUCAUCCACACCCAGGGAGAGUGGGAGCUCCUGGGCAUCAACAAGACCUCUCCAAAGAUGUUGGUGGGCGACAACCUGUAUGACCAGAUCAUGUUCUAUGUGGCGAUCAGGCGCAGGCCCAGCCUCUACAUCAUAAACCUCCUGGUGCCCAGUGGCUUUCUGGUUGCCAUCAACGCCCUCAGCUUCUAUCUGCCAGCAGAGAGCGAGAAUCGCGCCCCAUUCAAGAUGACCCUUCUGCUGGGCUACAACGUCUUCCUGCUCAUGAUGAAUGACUGACUCCCUGCCAGUGGCACCCCCCUCAUCAGUGUCUACUUUGCCCUGUGCCUGUCGCUGAUGAUGCUCAGCCUGCUGGAGACCGUCUUCAUCGCCUACCUGCUGCACCUGGCCACCAACCAGCCCCCACUGCCGAGGCGGCUCCACUCCCUGCUGCUGCACUGCACCUGCCCAAGGAAAUGCUGCCCCACUACGCCCCACAAGGGAAACAAGGGCCUGGGUCUCCCCCCCGCCCAGCUGCCUGGCCUGAAGGAGCCAGUAGAAUUGGUGGGGAAGGUGCCAGGCCCCGGAGAGGCAGAGCCGGCUAGGGGCUCAGGAUGGACAAGGGCCCAGCGGGAGCAGGAGGCCCAGAAGCGGCACGGGGUGGAGCUGUGGGUGCAGUUCAGCCACAUGAUGGACACCCUGCUCUUCCUCCUCUACCUGCUCUUCAUGGCCUCCUGCAUCCUCACGGUCAUCGGCCUCUGGAACACCUAGAGGGACAUCCACCUCUCUGCAAACCACAGCUUGGAGUUCCUCCUCGUCUUAGGGCCAGCCAGACAGGGCCACUUUCCUAACCUCAGC